GAAGAGCUCGGGCUAGACCCGUUGCCCCAUCCUUGCUGCGAGAAAAGCAAGUGCGCUGCCAUCAACAAGAAUGCCGACUGCACAGUGCAGUGUCACGUGGCCUUCCGACCACCGCCAGAGGUUGCUGGGGUCGACAUGUUCCUACCGAGGGAGUGUGCAGAGCCCAUGACCGCCAUCAAGCCAUAUGUCACGCCGAACCGUAGGAAGCCGUUCCAACACGCCUGGGGCGAGCCCAACGAGAAGGUGUUGGCCUUUAAAGGGAAGCGCUUGGACAUCAGUGGCCAGGCUGACGUUGGUGUUUGCACAGUGAGCACGGGGCGGCAUACCGUUGACAGAUGCAAGGUGCAGGAUGGCAAGAAAGCUGAGGCUGCCAUCCAUAAAGUCGCAGUUCACACAGCUUUGAGUGCCGAGACCCGGAACCGAAGUUCGGUACACAAGUAUCCCGAAGCAAACUGGCUUUGCGGAUGGUCACUGUUAAAGGCAGACGGCCUACUGGACUCUCAUGGCAAGAAGCUGGAGGUCAAGAAGAUUAUCUUGGUCGACACCAUGGCUCCGAGUAGCCGUAUCGGUGUCAAUGCUGACGAGAAGGUUCAGCUGGAGAGCACAGACAUCACCUACCCGACUCAAUGCUGUGCGCUGGUCGGCAAGGUACCGACCGCCCACGAGCUGUCCCUCUUCCAUCUUGCCGGUGUCAUGAGUGGCGCGGCAGAGAAGGACUUCGACCUUGGCCUCAGAGUGAACCUGGAUGGUACCAGGCACCUCCUGGAUGCAUGCAGGGCACGGACGCAGGGAGGUGCAGCACCCUCCAAGUUCAUCUUUACCUCUUCGCUGGCGGUCUUUGGCGAGACCUUGGGGCAUGGGGGCUU